AUGGCUCAGAGACUGCAACAGAUUACCAGCCAGUUGGCUCAUAAUGACCAACGUGACCCUUCGAGAAUUGACGGGCACGUCGUUUUGAUUACGGGUGGCGCGCAAGGGAUCGGGCGGGCAGCGGCAACCCUUCUCGCGUCCAAAGGAGCCAAAAUCGUGCUUGCAGAUGUAGAUGAGACAAAAGCCAAUGAAGCCGUCAAAGAACUCAGAGUCGCAGGAUAUGAGGCGGCUUGCGUUGUGGGGGACGCUCUGGACGAAGCGUUUCCAGAAAAAGCAGUCACGGCAGCGUUGAAGGCGUUCGGAAAGGUCAACUGUCUAAUCAACAAUGCCGGAUUCUGUUAUGACAGCGCCAUUCACAAGAUGAGCGAUGAAAAGUGGGAUAUGAUUAUGAAAAUUCACAACUACGUUCCUUUUCGAAUGAUCCGCGCCUUGUCUGCUCACUGGAUGGAUCCUCAAACUGCAAAUAUGCCAAAGACAGUCAUAAAUGUGUCCUCGACCUCCGGGCUGCAUGGACAAGUGGGCCAGAUUAACUAUUCAACAGCGAAGUCGGGAAUUUUGGGACUUACCAAAACUGUUGCGGCGGAGUGGGCGAGAUACAAUGUUCGCUGUAACACUGUCGCAUAUGGCUGGAUGGAUACGCGGUUGACCAAGCCACCCUCAGAGGAGAAGGUCAUGGUAGGUGGGCAGAAUAUUGUCACGGGUAUCCCUGCGAACGCACGGAAAUUUAGGGACACGUCGGAUAUCCCUCUUGGACGGCCGGGGACUGUCGACGAUGCAGCCAAUGUUAUGCUAUUUUUGGCUAGUCCGAUGUCCUCCUACGUCACGGCAACUUGCAUUGAAUGCACCGGAGGUAGAUAUAUGUAG